AUGGCCUCUUAUGCCACACUAAAUUUACACAGUCGAGUGCAUUCCUUCAAGUCACUGACUCGGCACCAUAGAUCCCGCCAUCCUCAUGCCACCUUACCUGGGCAAGAACUAUCUCCAAGCGCCCAAAAGUGUCCGGCGCCUGGAGCGCAGCCCGAACGCGUUGGUAGUCAAAACGAAUUAUUGGUUCCCUUCUCUUCUCAGGAUUAUGGCUACUACGCAACUGCUGCCCCAGCAGUCUAUAAUUGUUCUCGUCAUCUCAAGACAGGUUACUCUCAACCGGCCGACUUUUGCCUCUUUUGUUGCGGCAUCUUUGUGUUUUAUUGCUUAAAGUCUUUAACUAUCUAUCCACUCAAACUUUGUGCUGGUGCUGUAGCCAGCCUUGUCAGUAGGGGUACCCACGAGGAGAUAAACAAUAACUACACGGCCAACGAACUGAUCCUUUAA